AAGGAGGAGGAGGAGAGAAAGGAGUCGCCGGUCAUCGAAGCAAACGAUCAGGCUGAGGCCAAGGUCUCCCCGGCGAGAUACUGGCUGAUGAAAGCGGAACCGGAGACGCGCAUCGAGAAGGGAAAAGACGUCAAAUUCUCCAUCGAUGAUCUCGCGGCGUGCGACGAGCCACAAGGGUGGGACGGAGUCCGUAACUAUGGCGCCCGGAACAACCUCAAGUCGAUGACGGAAGGAGACCUCGCUUUUUUCUACCAUAGCAACUGCAAGGUCCCGGGAAUAGUGGGCGUGAUGCGCGUCGCCCGCCCGGCAUCGGUCGACGAAACGGCGUUCGAUCCCAACGAGCCGUACUACGACUCAAAGUCCCGCCGGGAAGCCCCAAAGUGGUACUUGGUCCACGUCGAGUUCGUGCGCAAGUUCAAGCGCAUCAUUCCGCUGCGCGAGCUCUGGACCCAUGCGGACGGUCCGUUGAAGACGAUGCCGCUGCUGAAGCAGGGAAGACUUAGCGUCUCCAACGUGCCCGAGGAGUGUUGGCGGUUUAUUUUGAGUCUU